AAAAAAAAGAAAACUUUGAUAGAAAGUACAGAUUUUGUCGGCCGAAACAGAGUAAUGUAACGCUAGGCUGGGCACUCUCUAAGCUAGCUCCUCCAAUGGUUACCCUUCUCUUUCUUCUGCUCCUCUCAUUUUCACGAGCAUUUUCUGCAGAAAACAUCGACGACUUCCUUGAAUGCCUUAGCCUUUAUUCGGAAGACUCUGCCUCCAUAUCUAAAGUCAUAUACACCCCCCUCAACUCUUCAUACUCAUGUCUCUUGAACUUCUCUGCACACAACCUUCGAUUCUCCACACCCACCACUCCUAAACCACUAGCUUUUGUCGCACCAUUAGCUGUCUCCCAGAUUCAAACGACCGUAAUCUGUGCCCAAAAACAUGGAUUGCAAAUCAGAAUUCGAAGCGGUGGUCAUGACUACGAGGGUCUGUCUUAUGUGUCCGAUGUACCCUUUGUGGUCGUUGACCUCAUCAACAUUCGAUCAGUGACGAUUGAUGAAGGAACCAGCACUGCUUGGGUUCAAGCUGGGGCGACGGUGGGAGAGUUGUAUUAUAAAAUUGCAGAGAAGAACAGAACCCUUGGGUUCCCUGCCGGAGUUUGCCCGACUGUUGGUUGUGGCGGUCACUUUAGCGGCGGGGGACAUGGUGUUUUGCUGCGGAAAUAUGGUCUUGCUGCGGAUAAUAUAAUUGAUGCGCAGUUGAUUGAUGUUAAGGGGAGGUUUCUUGAUCGGAAUUCGAUGGGGGAAGAUUUGUUUUGGGCGAUUCGAGGAGGUGGGGGAGCGAGCUUUGGAGUCAUUGUUGCUUGGAAGGUGAAACUGGUUCAAGUUCCGGCUAUUGUGACUGUAUUUACAGUGAGCAGGACAUUGGAACAGAAUGCGACCAAGCUUGUGCACAAAUGGCAAUCUGUUGCAGAUAAACUUGAUGACAAUCUGUUCAUCAGAGUCAUAUUAAACCGAGCGAAUUCGGAACAAGAUGGGAAGAAGAUUGUGACAGUCCAAGCUUCCUUCAAUUCAUUGUUUCUUGGCAUAACCAGUAAACUCAUUCCCUUGAUGCAGCAGAGCUUCCCGGACUUGAAUUUGACUGAACAAGACUGCACUGAAAUGAGCUGGAUUGAAUCCACACUCUACUUUCCAGGAUUUCCGGUUGAAUAUCCGAUCGCUUUGCUUAAUCGGACAGACCCAGAUUUAAGAUUCUUCAAAGCAAAAUCAGACUAUGUGAAGGAACCAAUUCCUGAAUCUGCAUUGGAAGGAUUAUGGGAAAGGUUCUACGAGCAAGAAGCCGUGGGGGCUGUACUAAUCUUUCAUCCUUAUGGAGGAAGAAUGAGCGAGGUUUCGGAAUCAAACCUUCCUUUCCCACACAGAGCUGGCAAUUUAUAUGAAAUUCAACACUUGGUGUACUGGCAUGAAGAAGGCAAUGAGGCAUCCCAGAAGUAUAUAAGUUGGAUGAGAAGGGUUUACGGUUACUUGGCUCCAUUUGUGUCGAAAAAUCCGCGAGCAGCUUAUAUCAAUUACAGAGAUCUUGACAUUGGCACAAACAAGAAAGGAGGAAAACUUACAAGCUAUAAAGAAGCAAGGAUUUGGGGUGUCAAGUAUUUCAAGAACAACUUUGACAGACUAGUGCAGGUCAAGACGAGGGUUGAUCCUGCUAAUUUUUUCCAAGAUGAACAAAGCAUCCCUCCCAUCUCAGCUUGGAAUGUAGAAGAUGGCAUGUCUAGUAAUCCUUUCAGCCUUCAGGUUCAAUGAUCGCAUGGUCAAAAGGUCCUUUUAACAUAGGGUGGUUUAGCCAUGGGAUCUUUGUAUUUGUUAUUGUUGCUCUUAGUGGAUUCUGUGUCUGCCUUUGUUA